UGCAGGUCUGCAGUCGGCUGCAGCAGCAGAGAUGAUGGACGCGCUUCACUUCCUCACCGCUGCAUCAUUGCUGUGCGCCGCCUCGGCUCGUCCUCCUCGCGUGUUUGUUUUUGUCAAUGAGUUGAUGAGCUGGCCGGACGCUCAGAGUUUCUGCAGACAGAACUUCUUGGACCUGGCGUCGGUCAGCAGCAUGGAGGACGUGACGCUCCUGACCCAAAUGGUGGAUCUGGACGCCAUGCUCUACAUGGACGCAAGUUUCAAACAUAGAGCCUGGAUCGGUUUGUCUGAGGACCUGGACAGCUGGACGUGGUCCAUCACUGACCCCGACUUCUACAGAGACGGAGAAGCCGCGUUCAGGAACUGGAACAUUGGGGAACCAAACAACUACCAGGGGAAAGAAAGCUGCGUCGGGAUGUGGGACAACGGCUUGUGGAACGACAAUCCCUGCCAGAUGUUGGCCAAAGCAAUCUGCCACGACGUGCGAGAGCACAAUGUUUCGCUGACCUUCGUCAACCAGGCGAUGAGCUGGCCUGCAGCCCAGAGCUACUGCAGAGAGCGUCACACAGACCUGGCCAGCGUGAGGAGCUCGCCAGAGAACGAGCAGAUAAAGGGCCUAGUCCAAUCAGCAGGAGAGGUCCAGGCCUGGAUCGGUUUAUACAGAAACUCCUGGCUGUGGGUGGAUGGCAGUAACUCCUCCUUCCGCCACUGGAAAGCGUCGGAACCAAACGGGUCCGAGGAGAACUGUGCGGCGGCCGUUCCUGCAGACGGCGGCUGCUGGGAGGACUGGCCUUGCUCCUGGAAAAUGCCUUUUUAUUGCCACGCAGUUCCAGGUUCACAGCAGGUGGUGAAGGUGAAGCUGGUGACGUCUUCCUCUCUGGACCUGAGCGACCCGGCGGUGCUGGCGGACCUGCUGCAGCAGUUUGAACAGAAGCUGAAGGCCAGCAGAGAAAACGUCAAGCUGAGCUGGAGGGAAACAUCAGGAGGACAAAUCUUCCACCAGGAGCAACGCUGAGCUGGGCCUGGAGGCCUGGAGGCCUGGAGGCCUGGAGGCCUGGAGGCCUGGAGGCCUGGAGGCCUGGUGGCCUGGAGGCCUGGAGGCCUGGAGGCCUGGUGGCCUGGAGGCCUGGAGGCCUGGAGGCCUGGAGGCCUGGAGGCCUGGAGGCCUGGAGGCCUGGAGGCCUGGAGGCCUGGAGGCCUGGUGGCCUGGAGGCCUGGAGGCCUGGAGCUUACAUUUGUGAUGUGAUGAUCAUAAUUUGUUUUUGUGCUGUUAGAUAGAAGGCAGGAGUCUGAGCGUCUGAAUAGAUGAAUGGAUGAAUAAAACAUGGCCGAUGCA